GUCCAGGUGAGGGGAGCUGUGGGCACGGUCAGAGUUGAGAGGCAUUUCAGAGAUAAAAUGACAGUAACUAACUGGCUGUGAGGCUGAGAAAAAGGGCUGUACCAGAUACAUGGUGCUAUCAUUAAGUGAGCUCAACAUUGCAGAAAAGGGAUAGGUUUGGUGGGAGUUGCUCACAGAACAUGUUUAGCCUAAGCAAAACGAUAGCCAUGGGCUCAGAUAAAAGUUAAGAAGAGGAAACCAUUCCUACAUUCCUAUAGGAGCUGCUAUCUGGAAGGCCUAGUAUACCCACAGCUUUUCGACUGUGAUUUUGUUUGAUUUUAGGGACUAUUCUUUUUCUGAAUCUGAGCAAUGUUAACGUGUAAAAUACUCACACCCACAGCUUCAAUUGGGUGAGAAGUUAUCAUAAAUUAUAUUGAGUUUGUUGUGAUACCUUCAGCUUCAACAAGUGAUGAGUCAGGUCAACUCCACGUGAAAGUUCCUUGCUAAGCAUACAGAUAUUCUGAAAGGUUUCCUGGUACACUGGGUCAUGGCACAGAUAGGAGAAAUUGAGGAUGAUAAGUCUUUGACCCCACCUGGUAACACCUAGUUUGAGUCAACCUGGUUGAGUACAAAUAUGAGAAGUCUUCUCACUCAGGUCCAUGCUUGCCUGCUCCUCUGUCCACUGCUUUCGUGAAGACAAGAUGAAGUUCACAAUUGUCUUUGCUGGACUUCUUGGAGUCUUUCUAGCUCCUGCCCUUGCUGACUAUAAUAUCAAUGUCAGCGAUGACAACAACAAGGCUGGAAGUGGGCAGCAGUCAGUGAGUGUCAACAAUGAACACAACGUGGCUAAUGUUGACAAUAACAAUGGAUGGAACUCCUGGAAUUCCAUCUGGGAUUAUGGAACUGGCUUUGCUGCAACCAGACUCUUUGAAAAGAAGAUAUGCAUUGUGCACAAAAUGAACAAGGAGGUCUUGCCCUCCAUUCAAUCCCUUGAUGCGCUGGUCAAGGAAAAGAAGCUUCAGGGUAAGGGACCAGGAGGACCACCUCCCAAGGGCCUGAUGUACUCAGUCAACCCGAACAAAGUCGAUGACCUGAGCAAGUUAGGAAAAAACAUUGCAAACAUGUGUCAUGGGAUUCCAACAUACAUGGCUGAGGAGAUGCAAGGGGCAAGCCUGCUUUUUUACUCAGAAAAGUGCUUCACAACCAAUAUACUAUGGAUUGUGAACAUUUCCUUCUGUGGAGAAAAGGUGGCGUACUAAACAGCUUUUUAAAGCCACUAUGGAUUUAGUCAUCUGAAUAUGCUGUGCAGAAAAAAAUAUGGGCUCUAGUGGUUUUUACCUUGUCAUUCUGAAUUUUUUCUCUACUAGUUAUGUUUAGUUUCUUUAAGUUUCAAUAAAAUCAUUUAGCACUGAA